AUGAUUAAACCUCAAAAAUUCGAUGUUGUUGCAAUUUUAGAUAAUUUAAAAAAGAAACUACAAACAGUUUAAUUUAGGGAGGAUUAGAACAUGGAUUUGCUUGAAAAACUAAAGAUUUUGGCUCAAGUUCUAUUUAAUUCCUAAAAAUCAGAAAUCUUAAAAUUAAUUGAAUCAUUCACUAAAAAUUCUUCAGAAAAUAAAUAAAUUUUCGAAUAAUUUACGACUAGUUCUUGUUCAAAAUGGUUUAUGGAAUAGCUUUAUAUUGAUUAAGUUUAGAUAAUACUUCAAUAAUAUCUAAAGAAUAAUUAAUAAUUUAUUGGAGUAUUCCUAUAAAAAAUAAUGAACUUAUACUAGUUGGACCUCUAAGUUUAGAAUCUAUCAAAAGAAAAUUUAGGAUAGUUAGAGAUUAUAUAACAAGAAAAAAAUAUUUAAAAUUAAGUUGAAUAAAAUCUAGUUUAAAAUAACUAAAAUUAUGAUAUUUCAUAUCAAAAUCUUAUUUAAAAAGAAUAAAAUAUCUGUUAAGAUAAAAAUUAAAAUAAAAUGAAUGAUUUAGCAGGAUCUGAUGAACAAAAAGAAUCUAAUUACCUAAUACCAUAAAAUGAAUAAUCAGAGAUAACAAUAAAUUAAUAUACAAGUUUGGAAGGAGUUUAUGAAUUAUUAGAAAAUAAAUAUGCGUUCUAUAGUUGGUGGCCAGAGUUCCAAAAAGAAUGUCAUAAAUGUAAAAGCAAAGAAGAGUUUUCUUCGUUUUUAUUUCGAAAAGCUCCAAUUUUAAUGGAAAGGUGGACUAAAAUUGCAGGUUAAGUCGAUACAGAUUAAUUUAAUACAUUUGAUGAUUUUAGUGAAAUAAAAUAAUUUAAUGAGGAAUACGAAAUUUACUAAUUAGAUAAUAAUAAUUUAGAAUAAGCCCCUAUUAUUGAAAACAAUAGUAAAAUUUCUUGCGAAAUUAAUGAUCUUCAAUAAGAAAUUACUAAUGAAUUUAAGAAUGACAUACAAACAUAAAACUAAGGAAAUCAAACUGAGUCAAAUCAAGCCUAAAAUAGUCAGUUAACUAAGCGUAAAGAAUUUAUAUAAGAAAAAAAGUUCAGUUAAGAUGUAAGUGAAAUAGGACCAAUAGAUUUAAAUUAAGAAGAAAUUUUGGAAAAUCAAGACUAUUUUAAUCCAGAAUUUAUUUCUCUUUCCUAGAAAUCCUCUGCUAAUAUCUGUAGUAAUAAUGAGGAUUAAAUAUUUGAUAAAGAGAUUGAGGAUAAUAAUUAUUCAAAUCAAAGUUAAUCAGACAGUGUUAUUUUGAAUGAAAAUCAAACUAAAAAGAGUUUUAUAACUAAUCUUGAGUAAUUUUAUAAAUCUAAACUUGUUGAAAAUCAACCAUAACACAUAAUACCUGAACUGGGAUAUAUGGGUGACACUAAGAAAAUGGUUGAAAAAUUGUUAUUUUUCUUAGAUUUUGAAAAACUUGAUAUUUAAAUAGAAGACUUUUUGACUUAACCAUAAAUUAAUCCUUCAAAGAUGUUGUAAGAUUUUAUUUUAACAACUUAUAAUAUCAUAAAAUAUAUAACGGUUCAUAAAUACUCAACAAUAAUAGAAGUAAAAUAAGUUGGAAAGGAAUAUCUGGGUUAAGUUAUAAUUUGCUAAGUCAAUAAUAAAAAUCAAGAAAUAAAAAAAUAUAAAGGGCCUUGUUUAAAUGUUGUAAAUAUUGUAACAAGAUUGAUUGCAAUUAAGAAAUUAAAUAAUAAAUUUUUUAGUGAAGGAUUAGAGUGUGUUAAUUUAUUUUCUAUUGUUAUGUCAAUUAUCAAAAGAUUAAUUCCAGGAAGAGGUCUUUUUAAAGAGAUUUCAGAAAAAUAUAAGAAAGUCCAGAGACCAACUGAUAAAUAAUUGGACAAAAUAGUUAUUAUUUAAAAAACUCCUAAAUCAAACUAAGAAUUUAACUAAAAUGCAAUUAUUAAUAAGCCAGAAGCUUAAAAAAAAAAUCAUAAUUAAAAAAAAUAAGAGAAUAUUAAUAGAAAAUAUUAAGAAAAAAAAUAUGCUUAAAGAGAUCAAUAUUCAAGAAAAAAUUAUGACAACAAUUAAGGAAAUAAAAAUUAUAAUUUCAAAAAUUCUGGUUAAUAAAAUGAUUCCUAUGAAUUUUUGUAACAAAAUUAAAAUAAUUAAGUUGAGCAGGAAUACUUUGCAAAUUCUUUUAAUAAAUCUCCAAAAUUUUAAUAUUAAUCAAAUUAUUAAGGUUAGCUUUAAAAUUAGCUUUAUGAAUAAUCUUAUAAUUAAAAUAUCUUAAAUAACCAAAAUUAAUAUUCUCUAUAAGGUUAUUAAGGCAGGUCUAAUAAUUCUCAAUAAUAAUCUAAUUAUUAUUAACAAUAAAACUUCAAUUAAUAAUCACUUAAUUUGCAUUAUUAUCCACCUAUACCUAUUUAAAAUAUGUAUAAUAAUCAAAAUGAUUAUUAAAUGCAAAAAUAUCCAUAUUAUAUGAACAAGAGUUAGUCAAUUUAAAAAGGAAAUUUUAACUUAGGCUAACAUUCUUAAUAAUCUUAAAGAAGAAUGUAUUUCAACGACUAGAUAAAUUAAUAAGAUUAUUUUAACUAAGAUAGAUAAAUGA